AAAGCGCAACUGAAAUACUUGAAAGUGUUCUGCAGGAAACUAAGGUAGAGGAGGAAACUUCCAUUUGUGUUGGUCCUUUAGUAGCUCUCCUACAGAAGCCGCCUAACAUUUCCAGGAGUAUUGAGAUUUAUGCCAAUGACACUCAGGCGAUGUCGAAUGCAGACGUGUUGAACAGAGCUGUGAGAGUUCAGCUGCCGGCAGAGCUGCAUGCUGGAGGGAAAAACACUGUGGUGUUCUGUAUGAUUCAGCUGUCGAACCAGACUUCCAUGGAGGUCAUGGGGAACCUGUAUGAACACCGACUCAUUGGAAUCAGUGUGGGCAGGCCUGUUGCCGGACUUCAGGAACGAAUCAACAUCACCAUAAAUGUUGCAUCGAGCAUAAAUGACACCCUGAAACCUAAGUGUGUCUUCUUAGAUACUACAGCUAACAAUCUAAGCACAAAGGGCUGUAAAGAUGCCGAAUAUAAUCAGACGCACAUCACCUGUUCUUGUGACCAUCUCACAUACUUCGGCGUGCUCUUGGUGUCUACAGAUAUCUCUCCAAAAGAUGCUGAGAUCCUGUCUUACAUCACCUACAUCGGGUGCGGUAUCUCUCUUUUUGCCCUGGUCAUCACUGUUUUACUCUUCAUCACCAACAGGAAGGUCAGAGGCGAUGAUUCCAAGAAGAUCCACAUCAGCCUCACGGUCGCUCUGAUCCUCCUAAACGUUCACUUCCUCCCCAGCCAGGCAGUGGCAAGAACGUCCUACAAUGAGCUUUGUCUCUAUGUGGCUCUUCUGCUUCAUUAUUCCCUGUUGGCCUCUUUCAUCUGGAUGGCCUUGGAGGGCUUCCACCUCUAUCUUCUCCUGGUUAAGGUUUUUAACAUCUAUGUGAGGAGAUACCUGCUCAAACUUAGUGUGGUGGGAUGGGGUGUUCCAGCUGUCAUAGUGGCAGUGGUGGUGAUCAGAGAUAAAAACACUUAUGGUCGUACCCCUUUGGACUCAUCUAAUGACACUGAAGUAUGCUACAUAACCGAUGAAAAAGUUAAGAUUGUGACCACGGUGGGAGUGUUCGGCUUGGUGUUCGUCUUUAAUUUGAUCAUGUUCGGCAUGUUGAUUAAAUGGUUCAUGGGGCCACACUUCAGCAAAGAGCGCAGACAAGCUGAGCGUAAUGCAGCUAAGAAAAAAAUGUUCACCCUGCUGGUUCUCAUGGUUCUGCUUGGUCUCACUUGGGGCCUGAUCUUCUUCUCACUGGGCUACGUGAAUACUCCUGUCCUCUACAUCUUCUGCAUUGUGAACUCAUUGCAAGGUUUAUUCAUCUUCAUUUACUUUGUUUUGACUCUGAAAAACAUUAAAGAGUCAGCCCCCAUGCAAAGCACUGACUCACAGACUCAAAGCUCUAAAAUCUGAACUCCUUCCCCAGGUUCACACCUGAAGAUGGAGUCUUUCUCUCCUUGACAAGAGAAACCUUUUAUUUGCUCUCAAAAACAUGCAGCUGGUUUAAACUCACCACAGCUUUAAGAUAAGACAAGUUAAUCCCCUGGUUUGCAGUGCCUUUGUGGCAGCAAACUGGCUAGCUUAUCAGGCAAACGGCUUUUAACCACACUUUGUUCAACGUCGAUGCAACUCGUGUUUAUUGUCACACCAACUUGUUUCAACAAGACGGGCUAAACCUUUUUCUUAAAGCAUGGCUGCAAUUUUAAUACUGAAAACCUUCUGUCAUUUUAUUUUAACCUGUUUAAUAAAAGUGUUCUUGAGUUUAUUCUCAUUUAUUUAAAAAAAUAACAAUAUUCAGUUUAUUCUUAGUAUAUUUAUGUUUUUGAUCAUUAUUUUAUAAUGUCUGGGUUCACUUGGGAGCUUCUCUGAGUACUGAAACAAAAAUGGCCGAUGAAUAAGCUAUGGUUUAUUUUAGCUUUGAAUGAAAACAAAAAUCAUCCUCAGAUUUUUUACUGAUCUUAGAUGUUACACCUUCUAUACUGUUACAUUUUAGAAAGUUACAUUGAGAAUUUCCAAGGCUUUCUAAUGAAGAGAUGUUCAGAUUUAUCAGUCUUAAAGAGUGCUUGAAAUAUUUUGUGUUAUUAUAAUAAAUAAAGUAUGUAAGGUAUGUAGUUUUUUUGUAUAAGUCUGCAAUAUUCUCGUUAUUGUAGGUUGUAAGUAUCUGCACUUUAUUGUCCAACUUAUACCUUUGAAGGAAAAUAUUAGCAGCUGUGUAGCAUUCAGUUUUGUAAAUUGUGUCAAAACGCUUCAGUGGAAAUAAAAACGUUUUCUUUAAUUAUUUUUAUAAUUGACUGAACUCAGCAUGAGUUUAACGCUUAAAAGUGAAGCAUGUCCAACUGCUCCACACAGUGUAUAAUUCAAAUAAAGGAAAACUCAAACAAA